AUGACUACCGAUAGAAGUCGCCCAGAGCGUGUUGAGGAGCAGGAUUCAGUCCAAGUCUGCGUGCGCAUCCGGCCACUCAGCUCCAGGGAGAAGCAGGAGCAGACAAAGAGCUGCAUUCGGAUUGCAGCGUCUCUCGACGGAUUGUCCAGUAACAACACUUCCGUCUCGUCACGAGAUGGAUCGAAAAGGGGUCCUCAACAGCUCAUCGUUGGAAAGGAUCGCGCGUUCACAUUUGACAACGUAUUAGGUGUCACCAGCUCGCAAACGGAGACGUAUCGGUUGUGUGUGGCACCAUUGGUUCAGGGAUUCUUGGACGGCUAUAAUGCAACCGUGCUAGCCUAUGGGCAGACCGGCACAGGGAAGACCCACACGAUGGCUGGAUCCGGGUUUGAUGCUCGAGGACGAGAGAAGAAUGGAGAGAUGCAAGGCAUCAUUCCACGGGUAAUUAAAGCUGUAUUCAAGAAGUUGCAACAAGAAGAAAGUGGCGAUAACCAGCGUCGAAGUGACCACACUCUACGAAUUGAGUACGUUGAAAUCUACAAUGAAGAACUUCGAGAUCUUCUCCAUCCCGAAACCACGUCAAAACAACUAGCAAUUCGAGAAGAUGGAGAAGGGAAUAUCGUGAUUGCUGGGGUAAAAUCUGAGCCUGCAGACUCGAAGGAAACAGUAUUCAGACAUCUAGUCGUUGGAGGUGCAUCACGUGUCACUGGUAGCACGUUGAUGAACGAACACUCGAGUCGUUCACACGCGAUUUUCAGUCUGCUAUUGGAGCAACGGGACCUCACUUCAGGCACGCGACGAUUCUCGAAAUUCCAUCUUGUAGAUUUGGCUGGAUCCGAGCGUGCUAAACGCACUGGAGCAGUGGCGGGACGCUUCAAAGAAUCCGUAAACAUCAACCAAGGCCUUCUGGCGCUUGGUAAUGUAAUCAGUGCACUUGGAGAUGACAAACGUCGAAUUGGAACUGCUGGUGGCACUGUACACGUGCCAUAUCGAGACUCAAAGCUUACGCGUUUGCUACAAGACAGCUUGGGGGGCAAUGCUCGAACCCUCAUGAUCGCUUGUGUGAGUCCAGCUAGCGUGAACUUUGAAGAAACGCUGAACACGCUAAAGUACGCGAACCGAGCGAAAAACAUCAAGAACAAACCGAUUGUGAACGAUCGAGUCGCUAGCGAAGAGGAACGUCAGCGUAACGACUUAGAAAUGACACGUAUGAGAGAGGAGAUUGCCAAUCUCCAAACGCAACUUCAACAGCAGAAGACAGCGACACCACCGUCACGGACGCCAUCUCGACCAUCUUCGUCGAUGGGAAAGCAUGAGAAACACGCAGUCAACGAGCGGGAGUUGGCUAUUGUGAGUCUUGAACUUGCACAAGCCACCAAGUGUGUGGGUUUGUAUAGUGAAGCUGUGGAAAGUAUCCGCACGUACUCGAUGGAAGCUGCUACGCUCUUGGUGGCGAUGGAACGGGAGAUCAUCUCGUUAGGGAGACCAGUUCAACAGAGACUCAAUGAGAUCGUGAAGUUGCUUAACGCGUCCAUCCAAACGGCAAACUGCAGUGUUAUCAGUGCCAAGAAACUCAUGCCUUCACCGUCGAAACGUCGACAUGAGAAUGAUGAUCCUGCAUGUCAAGAAAAUGAUUCGUCUCAACACGAGGAAGAAUCAAUAGUAGUCCAGCAACUCCGUCAUGAACUCAAAGAAGCCAAAACUAAUCUGGCUAGAGAUGAACAGAUUUUCGAGAUGAAGAAUGUGGAUAUUCAGAAACUUCAAGCGCUUCUGGUGGAGGCAAAAGGCAAGAAUGAGAAGCUUAUCCAACGAGUACAGGAACUUGAGCGUGGUGGUCAGUUGUGGUCUAAUACUGAAGUCCCUAUCUCUGAAAGCAAGAAGCAAGAGAACGAUAACUCAAGCCGUACGGCCACUGCAUCUCCUAGAGGUCGAACCUCUCGAUCUUCUACUAGCAGAAGUAAGAUACUAACAUCGUCGCGUGGACUAUUUACGCGUCGUGGAGGAACUGAGUCGUACGAUGGUGAAGAAGACAAGGUUAUCAUGGACGAUGAAGAGGAGUCCACGGUUCCUUCAGCUCCACGCAAAUCUCGGAACGGAGCUAUAGGUUUCUCGCGAGGAAGCAGCAGAAGCGAUAGCAGUCGUGGCAGUCUCUCGUCGGGCACCAGAUUGAAGACCAGAGAAGCUAUCGAGAAACUGGAGAGCACUAUCACAGCACUACAGGAAAAACUCGAGGAGUUGCAGAAGAAGAAUGAGGAACUACUGGACGCCCGUGAAGAAUCUACCCGGCGGUGGGCACUGGAACGGCAGAACUACGAGCGUCAACUUAGUGAGGCUGAACACUCGAUCGAGGCGUUAAAACGAGACAACCAGAUCCUCGAAGACUCGUCCAAGUGCAAAAGCGACAACGAAUGA